ACAAGUUAUUUUCAGCUGCUGACUGGAGACGGGUGCACGUCUGGAUACGAGGGCAUUUCCACUAUGGGACUGGAUACAAACACACACCCGGCAGACUUAAAGAGUCUCAGACUGAGGAGAAAGCCUUUCCUGCUGCUGCUACUGCUGCCGCCGCUGCUUUUGAGGGUCCAGUCCUUUCAUGGUUUUUCCUGCCAAACCAGAGGCACCUCCGCUGCUGCCGCCGUUCUCUGUGGUGCCAUUCAGCGGCUGGCCAGAGGAUGAGACUCCCCAAACUCCUCACUUUCUUCCUUUGGCACCUGGUUUGGCUGGACCUGGAAUUCAUCUGCACUGUGUUGGGUGCCCCUGACUUGGGCCAGAGACCCCAGGGGGCCAGGCCAGGAUUGGCCAAAGCAGAGGCCAAGGAGAGGCUCCCCCUGGCCCGGAAUAUCUUCAGGCCAGGGGGUCAUAGCUAUGGUGGGGGGGCCACCAAUGCCAGGGCAAAGGGGGGCAAUGGGCAAACAGGAGGCCUGACACAGCCCAAGAAGGAUGAACCCAAAAAGCUACCCCCCAGAUCGGGUGGGCCUGAACCCAAGCCAGGACACCCUCCCCAGACAAGGCAGGCUGCAGCGCGGACUGUGACCCCAAAAGGACAGCUUCCCGGGGGUAAGGCACUCCCAAAGACAGGAUCUGUCCCCAGCCCCUUCCUGCUGAAGAAGGCCAGAGAGCCCGGGCCCUCUCGAGAGCCCAAGGAGCCGUUCCGCCCGCCCCCCAUCACACCCCACGAGUACAUGCUCUCGCUGUACAGGACGCUGUCCGAUGCUGACAGAAAGGGAGGCAACAGCAGCGUGAAGUUGGAAGCUGGCCUGGCCAACACCAUCACCAGCUUUAUUGACAAAGGGCAAGAUGACCGAGGCCCCGUGGUCAGGAAGCAGAGGUACGUGUUUGACAUAAGUGCCCUGGAGAAGGACGGGCUGCUGGGGGCCGAGCUGCGGAUCCUGCGCAAGAAGCCCUCGGACACAGCCAAGCCAGCGGCCCCCGGCAGCGGGCGGUCUGCCCAGCUGAAGCUGUCCAGCUGCCCCAGCGGCCGGCAGCCGGCAGCCUUACUGGAUGUGCGCUCUGUGCCAGGCCUGGGUGGGUCUGGCUGGGAGGUGUUCGACAUCUGGAAGCUCUUCCGAAAUUUUAAGAACUCGGCCCAGCUGUGCCUGGAGCUAGAAGCCUGGGAACGGGGCCGGGCUGUGGACCUCCGUGGCCUGGGCUUUGACCGGGCUGCCCGACAGGUCCACGAGAAGGCCCUGUUCUUGGUGUUUGGCCGCACCAAGAAACGGGACCUAUUCUUUAAUGAGAUUAAGGCCCGCUCGGGCCAGGAUGACAAAACUGUAUAUGAGUACCUGUUCAACCAGCGGCGGAAACGGCGGGCCCCGCUGGCCAAUCGCCAGGGCAAGCGGCCCAGCAAGAACCCCAAAGCCCGCUGCAGUCGGAAGGCACUGCACGUCAACUUCAAGGACAUGGGCUGGGAUGACUGGAUCAUUGCACCCCUUGAGUACGAGGCCUUCCACUGUGAGGGGCUGUGUGAGUUCCCCUUACGCUCCCAUCUGGAGCCCACGAACCAUGCGGUCAUCCAGACCCUGAUGAACUCAAUGGACCCUGAGUCCACACCACCCACCUGCUGUGUGCCCACACGGCUGAGUCCCAUCAGCAUCCUCUUCAUUGACUCUGCCAACAACGUGGUCUAUAAACAGUAUGAGGACAUGGUCGUGGAGUCUUGUGGCUGCAGGUAGCAGCACUGGCCCUCUGACUUCUUGGGUGGCACACCCCCAGGAUGCCAGUCACAAGAAUCCCCCCUACCCCCUUGCUUUCCUGGAAUCACAGAGAGAUCAGGAAACAGGAAACGGCAGCUAGGAGUAUCUACACAGCCUGAAUGAAAGGGAUUCCGACAGCUUUGCUCACGUUCUGUGUGACUUGGGCUUAAAGGUCCCUCCUCAUCCACAAGUCCCCCUGUUGGAGGAUUUCUGCCCCUCUGCUGCUCUGACUGGCAGGGACACGCUCUGGCCCAGGGAGAUAGACUUUGAGUGGGACUGAGACCCAGGAGACGGUAUUUUCCAAUGAGGCUGAGCCCAUGAUCUCUCCUUUAGCUGGACCUCCUUGGUCUCUGGACUUUUAGGGAGAUCUGGUACUGUCCCUGAGCUCCCCUUGGGAGAGCCACAGGUGCCACUGCCCUUGAAUCACCUUUGUGUCUGGUGACAUCCUGCCCCCAGGGCAGAUGAGAUGCUGAUUGGGUAGGGGUGGGAGAGUGGGAGAGAGGGCUUGGGCAGGGGUGAGGCAUAUAAGGCUGUUAGACUGUUAGAUUAAAAUGUACAUUGAUGAGAUAAAAAGCAAAAUUCUGCCUAAAA